AUGGGAUAUCCACAAUGUAUUGGAGCAAUAGAUGGAUGUCAUAUUGAAAUUCAUCCAAGAAAGGAAGAAGCCAUUGAUUACUACAACUACAAAGGGUGGUAUUCCGUAAUACUAUUGGCUUUGGUAGACGCAAAAUAUAGAUUUGUUUAUAUACAUUGCGGCAGUCCUGGAAGAUGCAACGACUCCUCAAUUUUUGAAAAAUCAUCGCUAAAGCGCGAGUUGCAAAGUUGUGCACUUCUUGAUGAAUUGAGCUUGCAGUAUGGAUCCACAAAAAUACCAGUCCAUAUUAUAGGGGACUCUGCUUUUCGUCUCUCUCAGCAUUUAAUGAAGCCAUAUCCGCAUAGUGUGACCAAUACACGCGAACAAAAAAAAUUCAACUAUAGAUUGUCUAAGUGCCGGCGUGUUGUGGAAAAUGCUUUUGGCCAUUUAAAAGCCCGAUUUAGGAGAAUUGGAGAAGGCGUGGAUAACCACAUCAAAAAUGUAAACACAGAUUUAAUUUUGGAAAAUUGGCUAGUGGAAAUGCAUCGCGAUUCCAGGCGCAAUAUUCUAUACGGCACCAAUGCAGUUGACCGAUCUGAAGGAGAAUCGAUAAGAAAUGCGUUAAAGGAUUAUUUCAGUGAGUAA